AUGAUCCGCAUCAUUUCUGAUGUGUUUUUUGCAUGGACUACUAAAGUGGCGGCAAAAUUCAACAUCCCUCCUAGAAUCAUUUUCCACCCGGCUGCUGGGUUCUUUCCGAAAUGUGUAGCUGAGAUGAUAUCACUCUAUGAGCCCGAGAAAAGCGUUUCAUCUGAUUCAGAACCGUUUAUUGUCCCAUCACGCUUACUGAAAAGGAGUUGCCUCCUAAAUUUGAUCAAGUUUCUGGAUUGGCCCGGAAGUUGCAGAGUACGUGAAGCAGAGGAAGCCGAGUAUGUUCGCCAUUAACGUGAAGUAGUAAAGAGAAAAGCAUGGCAUAUUGGGAUGGUUUCAUUAUGUUGCAAAAACACCCAAAGGGGAGGGAAGUCAGACUUCGAUGAAGACGAAAUUACUAAAUGGUUGGAUUCGAAAUCACCUAAUUCCGUUGUUUACAUAAGUUUUGGAACAUUGGUAAAAGUUGCGAGUCCCCAAACUUAUGAGAUUGCAACCGGCCUCGAAGCAAGCGAGCACGACUUCAUUUGGGCAAUCAAAGAAAUUAUAUCACUUCCCCAAGGGUUCAAGAAAAGGAUGAAAGAAAAUCGAAAAGGGUUGAUAAUAAAGGGUUGGGUGCCACAACUGUUGAUUCAUGACCAUGUUUCGGUUGGGGGAUUCAUAACUGAUCAUAUCGGUUGUAAUUCCAUGUUUGAAGAAAACUUUUCCAAGAGAGAUCCAAUUGUUGAAGAUGUGAAAAGCGACACGAUCAAGAAAGCAUUGGGAAGAAUAUUGAGUGCGGAAGAAAAGGGGAGAAAUGAGAAAGCAAGCUCGGAUACUGAAGUAAAAUGCAAAUGCAGCGGUUGA